AUGCGGCGGAAAUUGCUCUUCUCAUCAAUUGCUUUUAUUCUCUGCAGUUUGGAAUAUGUUGUUUCAGCUCCGUUAGUUGAUUCAGAAUUCGCAGAGAAGCAUGCAGAAGAGUUGAAUAUCGAGAAUGUACAGUUCAAUCAUCCCCAUAUUCUUCCAGCUCAUCCAGAUAACUUCAAACAAGAUAAAUUGGAAGCAAAAAAACGACAAUCUCUGUAUGUGACGAAAACUCGUCUUCCUCCAAAUUUGUUUGCCAUUGACUAUACUCUUUGGUUUAAACCAUAUUUCCCCAGUCCUAACGUUCAAUACGAGCCAGAGAAAAAUUUUACGUUCGAUGGUCGAAUGAGUAUGCAAGUGGAGGCGUUGGCCAACUCGGACAGAUUCGUUUUGAACGCAUUUAAUUUUAAAAUUCAAAGUUAUCAAGUGACAGCUCUCGACGGAACAAAUGUUCCAAUUAACUCCAUAUCGCAAGAUGACACAUUACAACAGUUAUCCUUGAUUACAAAUCCAAAUGGAGUUGUUUCUGGACAGAUAUACAGUAUCAAUAUUGUGUAUACGGGACUUAUCAAUCCCUACACUGAUGGUGGUGUCUACUAUACUUCUUAUAAUGAUCCACAAGGAGUUCAACACUACAUGAUUGCCACUCACAUGGAACCAUUUUCAGCCAGAAAAGUAUUCCCAUGUCUUGAUGAACCAUCUUACAAAGCUACAUUCCAAAUCACUCUGCAAUAUCCAACAGCUCACGUUGCUCUUUCGAAUAUGGAGGAAGCUCCGGCAAAGAAUGUUGGAAACAACUGGAGUGAAAUCGCCUUCCCAACAACUCCAAAAAUGUCCACCUACCUGACAGCAUUUGCUGUUGGUCCGUAUGUGAACUCAAAAUAUGUAAACAAGCAUAACACACUCACAAGAGCUUGGGGAUGGCCUGGAACUGAACAAUAUCUCCAGUUCGCUGCAGUCAAUGCUGGAGAAUGUCUUUACCAGUUGGGAGAGUACACUGGAAUUAAGUUCCCUCUCGCUAAAGCAGAUCAACUUGGAAUGCCAGAAUUCUUGGCAGGAGCAAUGGAAAAUUGGGGAUUGAUCAUUUACAAGUACCAGUACAUCGCCUACAAUCCAACUACAAUGACCACAAGGGACAUGGAGGCAGCUGCUAAAGUAAUGUGCCACGAACUUGCUCAUCAAUGGUUUGGAGAUCUUGUUACAACUGCCUGGUGGGAUGACUUGUUCUUGAAUGAGGGAUUCGCUGAUUAUUUCAUGACAUUCAUUCAACAACCAGUGUAUCCAAUUCAAGCUAAUUACUUGGACACUCUUCAAGUCCUCAAUGAACUUCAAGUCGGUCUCAAUGCCGAUGUUCGUUCAGAUGCUCACACGCUUGUCUAUCCAGACGGACCUGCUUUCGAUGAUAUUACUUACAAUAAAGGAGCAUCAAUGCUCAGAAUGCUUUCUGAUGUUCUUAGUCCAUCAGUUUUCAGACAAGGAAUUCAGAACUAUCUGCAGAAGAUGAUGUACUCCAAUGCUAAAGAUAUUGAUUUGAUGACCACCUUGACUGAGACAGCUAAAGCCAACAACGUCAUGGAUUGGUGCGGAAAUCCUCUAAAUGUGACUGACUUCAUGCAACCAUAUCUGUAUCAAACCAAUCAUCCGUUAAUUAGAUACAACAAUAACCAGCUAACUGCCGGACUUGCUUCAUUCACUCAAGAACCUUUUGGAGAUACUUCUAAUUUGAAUGCCACUGCAUGGAAUUACACAUGGACUGUUCCGUUGAGAAGUGCUACUCUCAAAGAACCAGAACCUCAUUUAUUAUGGCUUCCAAGACAACCAGGAUGCUCAAAUUCUGGAGAAUCGAUUGAGAAAAAACAAAAUAUCGAAGAACCGAGGAAACGAGCAAAUCAAUGGGAUUUUACAACAGUUGGUUCAGCCACUUAUGGAAGAAUUAUUUAUGAUGACAUUGGUUUCGAUCGUGUUCUCAAAAGUAUCAAAGAAGAUGGAAUUAAUGGAAAUAUUGCAGUGACUCUUCUUGCUGAUGAAUACUAUUACAUGAUUCGAGAAAAGAACGCAGACCGCCCAUUCGGAUAUGACCGUUUCUUGAACUUGGCAAAUGCUAUUUUCAACACACAGAACUUCAUUGAUUUCCCGAGUUAUUCAGUUUUUGCUCAAGCUCAGCCAGUUUUAGAACAAGUUGCCAAUCUGUUUCGAGAUACAAUUGAUGCUGAGUUAGUUACGAGAAUGUACAAACUAAUGUUCCAAAAAGUUUACAACUCAAUUCAAUGGAAUGAUACUUCUUUGUGGGAUUCAGACACAUUUUCCGAAGUUUUCCUUCCAUUCGCUGUUCGAUACGGUAUUGGAGAUGUUGAAAACCGUACCAUGACAAUGUUUGCCAAUGUAAAAUCUGCCUGUGCUGAUAGUUUGAAUGGAACUGCCUGGUGUAAUCCAUACUCAACGAAUCUCCGAAAAGCAAUCUACUGUGGAGCUGCUAAAUAUGCUCCAGCGACAUCUGAUUUCUUCUUCCAAAUGCUUCAUGCUUACAACAAAGAAGUCAUCACGAAUCCAUACUUCUAUCAGGAAUACAUGGCACUUUUAGAAGGAAUGAGUUGUACUCAGAGCUCCUCUACAUUGAAAGUAUUGAUCCGUCUCUUCACAACUUCCACUUUGAAUAAAAACACGCUCUUCGGAUUUUUGAAAUACAAUCCAGUUGCCGGAGAUGCUUUGUACAAUUACAUGUCAGCUAACAGAGAUUUGGUCAGCUCUCCUGCAUUGAAUGCCUAUUUGGAUUCAAUGACUUACAAUUGGAACAGUUAUAACAGAGAUGUUCAAUUUGCUACAUUGAUGAAUUCAAUCGAUCUGAGUGAUAGCCAGUUUGCAACUUUCACGACCUAUUUGGAACGAAUCAAUUCGAAUUGGGAUUAUCGCUCAAACUAUGGAAUGAAAGUACUCAAUUGGCUCUAUGAUAAUGUUGUUGUUAUUGGAAAAACUCCAUGGGAAAAAUCAUUGAAAGGAGACAUCAAUUUUCCGGAAUACACUCUUUCCAUUCAACCAAGUAUUCCUGGAUCCGGAUAUUAUCCUUGGUAUUUCAACAUGACAUUUUCGGGUACUGUAACUGUCAACUUCUACGUUACAAAGCCGAUUAGUGUCAUCACAAUCAAUGCUCAUCGUCUAGUUUUCGAUGCAGUUGGAAUCGGUCUUGCCUCUAUUAGUGAUGAUAACAAUAAGACAUAUAUUCCUUUGGAUUAUUCGAAUGUUAAGAAAGAUUAUGACAGAGGAGUCCUGACUAUUCCAACACUAAACAAUGUUGUUUUAUAUCCACAAAAAUAUGAGUUACAAUUCCAAUAUACUGGCUUUAUCUUCCAAAAUCCAAGUGAAGGAGAUGCAUCAAACACUUAUUUCGGAGGUCUGAACAACAGAAAAGGAUGGAUAUUCACAACUGAUUUCGAAGGAGGACCCGGUGCCCGAUCUCUUCUUCCAUGUUGGGAUGAGCCGAGUUAUAAGGGACAGUUUAUUGUAUAUGUGAUGCAUGCAUCCGAUAUGAUUGCUCUCUCAAAUGCACUUGAAGCUGGAACAACUAUUUAUGACAAUGGAUGGAGUACCACUCAUUUCGUAUCCACGGAACGAAUGUCUUCCUAUCUUCUUGCAAUUUGUGUUGGUCACUUCUCCAACUUGGCCAAGGUAUCUAAAUUGGGUGUGGUAUCAAGAGUUUGGACGUGGUCGGGAAUGGAACAAUACGGAGAGUUCGCAUUGAAUGUAACUGUCGGAACGAUUGAUUUCAUGACAGAAUAUUUUGAAUACAACUUAGCGUUGAGUAAACUUGAUGUGAUGGCACUACCAGAGUACACUCAAGAUGCUGGAGCGAUGGAAAACUUUGGUCUAAUCAUCGGAGAAUACAGUCUUUUCAUGUUCGAUCCUGAUUAUGCGACCACACGGCAAAUUGCUGAAGUGGCUGAAACAACUGCUCAUGAAGUUGUACAUCAAUGGUUUGGAGAUACCGUAACUCUCGACUGGUGGAAUGAUAUUUUCCUGAAUGAAGGAUUUGCUCAGUAUUGGUUUGCAGAUGGAAUCUAUUACACUUUCCCAGAGCAGCACGAUUAUGCAAUUGACUACAACAGAUUCUACAUGAACUACAUUGCUCUCAAGUAUGACUGUAUUCCUGGAUACGCGAAACCAGUCAUCAGCGACACUCCACCUGUAUUUGGAAUCGAGCCGUAUUAUAAAGGAAGUGCUCUCUUGAAUCUUCUGAAUAACGUGCUGACUCCAUUCAUUUUCCAACAAGGUUUGACUGCUUACCUGACACAGUUCGGUUUUGAAAAUGCGAGUCCUCAGGAUUUAUGGAAUUCAUUGACUGCGGCCGCUCGAACCAACAACAUAACAGAUUGGAACGGUCAACCACUCGACGUCGCUUCAUUCAUGAGUGCAUACACUCUACAGACGUCUUACCCAAUCAUCACAUUGACUCUCCGUGGAACUUCUACUGUCCAGGCAACACAACAAUCUUGCAUGUCUGGAGAUGCUUUCUGGAAUAUUCCAUUGUUCACUCAAACUGAACAAUCAACUGAUUUCAACUGGUUUGUGAACUACACGGGCGGAAAUGAUGCGACGUGGGUGAGACCUCUGCCAUAUAAAUUUAGAGUCGAUAACGCGGGUAGUAAGAGUUUCGCUCGAAUCAACUACGAUGACAAAUCCUGGUACAUGAUCCAAGCUCAACUUCUUUCCAACUUCACUACAAUGAAUUCUAUCACAAGAGCAAUGCUUCUCGAUGAUGCCAACUUCUUCUUCACAUCGGGACGAUGGGAUAUAACGAAGUAUCUUGAUCUCACAUUAUAUCUGACAAAUGAAGAUUCUCUGGCUCCAUGGGAGAGAGCAAUCGAUUUCUUCACUGAAAUUCUUAACAGAUUCCAAUAUCAACCAGAACUCAAAUACAUUCAAAAUUAUGUCGUUCAAACCACGAAAAACGCAGUUAACAAAUUCCAGUGGACAACGAAUGGAAUAUGGACAAAUGACCGAAUCGUUCAACUUUUGGUGAAUGUGAACAAUCUUGCUGCCAACCGACAAUCCAGACAAGUCGCUCAGACUUUGUUCAAUAAUUUCAUUUUGAAAUGUCAAUACUCACUGAGUGGAACUGGAAAAUGUUCAGGAAUACAUCCAAAUCUGAGAGCAGCAACGUAUUGUUACGGUCUACGUCAAAGUGUCAAUGCUAAUGAUUUUGAUACAGUGAAUAAUCUGUAUUCUUGGUUCACACAAAGUGCUGGAUACCUUCAAACCGAUGGCAACAACCUAUUGAAUUCUCUCGGAUGCACACAGAAUGUUGUUUUGUUGAAGACACUUCUGAAGGGUGUUCUUGUCGGAACUUAUCCUUCAUCUCUUUUGAAUUCAAUCGGAGCACACGACGAAUCGGGAGAUUUACUCUAUAACUAUCUUCUGGAUAACACUCAAGACAUUCUCAAUGCUCCAUUUGAUUUCUCAAUCUACGUUCAAGCCAUGUUCCAAAACUGGAGUACACAACCUCAGCUAGAUCUAGCCAAAGAUUUCACAAAUGGAUUCGACUUUGAACUUCUCAAUUUAAAACAGAAACAAGCGUAUCGAUCGGGUGUCUCAUUGGUUCAAAGGAAUCUGAAUUGGAUGUUGGUUUACAAGGAUUCGUUGGUUUCGUGGAUUCAAGGAAACUUUGGAAAUGCCAAUUUGUAA